CACCACAUCAAGAAACAAGUUUUCAAGGGGCAUCCCCUUAUCAAGCCAGAAGGUCUUGCUGAGCUAGGGCGCAUUUCUUCCCAUAGACAUUCUUACACAUCCUUGAUUGCGUGACUUCGAGUAGUACAUUGCGUUGAACCUGCCAAGGUAUACGUAGAAAGCAACUGGGUGGGCACCACAGCAGAUCUUUGGCAUUAUUUUGUGUGCUUGGUUCGAUAAGGGCAGGGUUGUGAGCCGGAAGGAUGGCGUCGUCAGCAACACAAAGCUGCAUAAGUCUGGCACCGAGAGCGCCUCUGCAGAUUGCGCCUCAGGUCGUGAUUGGCACCGUGGACGUCGCCGCGAUUGGGGCGCGCGUGCUUCUAUCGCUACAGCCCCCCUCCGGCUGGACCGUGAGCGAGACGGGCGUGGAUUUGGUGGGACUGCUGCAGCCUGGGGACGCGUCAGGACUCCGGCCUGUGCUGACGGCGGCGGCAGUGGCAGCAGCAUCCACAGGGGCGGCGGCUGAGCAGCAGCCCAGCAGCAGUGGAAGCGGAGGAGAUGGCGCCGCGCCGCUGCUGGUAGUGCGCAACAUGGUGCCGCCGGGCAGCGCCACGCCAGCGGUGUCGCUGGUCGUGCUGAACGCCGCCCUGCCGGAGGGCGACCAGGCAGAGGUGGCGGCGGCACUCGUGGACCUCAUCACGUUAGGCGGCAGUAGCAGCGGCAGCAGCAGCGGCAGUAGCACGGCGCCCAACGUUGUGGUGGCGGCGGCGAUGCUUUUGCAGCAGCUGUCCAAGCCCGCUCCGCUGUACCAGCACCUGCUCAACGGCGCCAAGCCGCUUGGCGGCGCCGCGGCAGCGGCAGCGCACCCGCUGCCCACCGCUGAUGCCGGUGCUACUGCGGGAGUGGCUGCGGUGGCUACAGCCGGGGGGCUGCGGGUGCGGGACGGGCAGCUGGCGGCGCUGCUGCAUGUGCUGGCGGUGGGCGGCGAGGCGGCGGCGUGCCUGGUCGUGCCGGGCACCAAGCCGGCCGCCUCCUCACCCCUGGACCUGCCGGAUGCCGUGUCAGCCUGCGACACGCUGGGGGCGGCGCUGGCAGCCGCCACAGGUCUGUCGUACUCGCCUGGGGCGUGCCGUGCUGUGACCGCCUCGUACAAGUGGUUCGUGCCGGAGCGUACGGCAGGCAGUGACGUGAUGUACACGUGAGGGCCGGGGCUGGGGAGGGGGGGUAGUUUCUUCCAAUCCCAAGUAAACCAAGACCAAGCAGCAGCCCGCAGAGUAUGAAGGAGGUUCGGCCCUUUGGGGUGGGCACUCAUGUGGGGGCUGUGGGGAGGUGUGGGAGCUGUGGGGUCUGCGGGUAUGGAGCGGUUUGCGGUGUGUUGGCGCGGUGCGGGGCGGAGGGGGGAAGGGAAGCGCGGCGCACAGGGUGCUGUGGGCUGCCCUGUGGUGGCGCAGCGCUCGUGCACGGCCGGGUUUGGGCUGGCGCUUGACUGCCUCAGGCAUCAUGAUGCUACUGGUACAUCACAUGGGCGAUGGUACAUGCGGCAGCAGUGCCAGCCGGUACCGGGGAGGGGGGGGGAGGGCAGAUGCUGCCACGGGGGCCUUGAUGCGCCUGACAGGUGAGUCAACCGUGUGUGAGAGCCACGGGCUGGGCGGCCUCUGCAGUCUUUGUAACUACGCGCUAUGAAAUGCUGUAUCCUUUUUACAGCAAGCUAAUCAGGGCGCGGUGACAGUUACGCGCUGCAAGAAAAGUCGCGAGCAGGACGUACGCGCGCUGCUGACUUUAUCCAGGCUGUGGCUUCCUGGCUGUCCCUAGGGCUGUAUUUGAUGGUUAUUGUUUAUUGUUAUCAGCUCUUAGCUAUGCUGAGUUGGAUCUGCGAAGUCCACUGCUCACGUUGGUUGGUAACCGGGAUGAUACCCAAGUAGUGUUAGGAUGGGCGCCUAAGCCGCGCAUUUGAGUAGUUCGCGCCACGCGCCUGUAGAGUGUGCAUUAAUGCUGAAAACUCAAGGUAUCACCUAGUAUCGAUUUGGGGCCUCCGCUGCGCGAGAGCAUUCUCAUCACCUAGAUACCCGCGAACAUCAGGCGGGUCUUGGUAAUAAUUCCAAGCGACGCCGGCCGAGCGGAGUUUGCUUCUUUCUGAAUCAGCUUUGUUACUCACUUGCAUUAACAUGUGU